AUGAAACGUCCUCGUAGCGAUGCUGCCGUGUUUCCUUUGGCGAAGCCCCUGGCUGGGCGCUUCGUGUUGUACGGAAACAUCUGUGUAGAUUGCACGAUGCAAGUUCCCAGUUUUCCGCACCUUGGAUCCAGGGCUGGUGGUAGGAAAGAAGAUUCCAGCCUACGCGCCCAAAGUUUUGCCAAGAAGACGGGUGGCAACGGUGCCAACAGCUGCAUCGUUUUGGCGCAGUUGGUGAGAUCCAAAGGCACCAGACAUUGCGUGACUUUGUUGAGCAUCAUCCCAGAUCGGAAACAUUCCGAUGCCAUGUUCGCCAUCACCACCCUGGAGCGUCAUGGCGUGGACACCUCGCGGCUCCAGGAUGCCAGCCGCGACGUCACGGACGUUGGGCUGCCAACAAGCUUCGUGCUGCUCAGCGAGGACACGGGGGCGAGGACCAUCGUGUCCUCCAGGUGUGGCUUAAAGGAGAUGGAUGCAACUCAUUUCCAAGAAGCAUUGGCACAUUCCAAGGAUCUUUGCUGGUGCCAUUUGGAAUUUCGCCAGCCCGGUAUCCCGCAGAUGCUGCGUGCAUUGGCGGCGCUUCCGGCCACGCUUGGGAUCACAGCACCGGUGGCGUCGAUGGAAGUGGAGAAACCCAGCGUGGAGGUGCAGCAAGUGCUGCCGCUGUUGCACCUUUGCGACGUUGUCUUCUUUUCCAGCGACUUCAUCCGCGCCCGCGCUGCAGAUCUCCAGGUGGCACUUGGUAAUUGCGGAGACGACUGGCAGAACCAUGGGGCCCUGCGGUGCCUGCGGGCCAUGGCGACACAGGCGAGUGCCACGCGUGCUCUCCUCAUUUGCCCUUGGGGUUCCCUGGGAGCCUUUGCUCUCGACACAUCCUCCAGCGACGCCUUUUUCCAAGCGGCGGAAAAGGUGGAAGCAGUCGACUCCCUGGGAGCAGGUGAUACCUUCAUUGCUGCCAGCAUUUUUGCAUUGGCUUUCGGUGCCGGUCCCCAGGAUGCCCUGCGCUGCGCCUGCACAGUGGCUGGCCGCAAGGUGGCGCAACGCGGCCUGGAAAACUUGGCGCAGCUGUUGCCUGAGAUGCCGUGGCCGCACAAUGCCGGAGGUCAUUUGAAACAUUUUGGAACCUGUGCAGACAGGGGUUGCAACCUGGACACCGCCACCUGCCGCGCGGAAGCUCCCAGGGAUUGUGAGGUUGGUGCAUGGAGUCCAUGGAGGGUGAUUGACUUUCGUGUGGAGCAUGGCUUUUGCGACAAGGUGCAUCCGGCCAACCUGGACUGUCCCAUGGAUCUCUGGACCAGACGGAGCCAUGUCGGGGCGACCCGGGGUCCAGAAAUUGGGGAUGGUGACCGGAUGGCAUGCACUCAGCCAGAGCCCUCAGCAGACGGCUCACUUCAAAGCAUCGCCACGGGACUAGCGGAAGGUGAUCGUUGGUAUGACCACUUGGGGGUGGACUACACCUUUGACUGCACUGGGAAUGUGGAGGUCAUGCGUGCACCGCGGCUGGGGCGAGAGCUGCGUCAUUGGCGUGGCAGCCGCUGGCAAGGUGCCAGGGCUGCCUCGCCGGCGGAGUCGGUGCGGCGCUUGUAUAGCAAGCUGGAUGAGGAGUUGCUGCGAGGAGUGGCACUCAGUGAAUGCCUCAGGAACUGCGGCCAACAUUGGCAACGGCCUCUGGCGGAGAGCAUGCACGACAUCGAGAAGCAAAGCUAUGGCAAGAGUUUCAAAGUUGCCAGGUAUCACCAUUUCUUGAGCCACGAUUGGGAAACCAGCGGCACCAAAAAGGUCUCCUCUGUGCUACUCCUGACCAACUCGCUCGCCGCAUGUUUGGCCACCAUGUUCUGCAGCGUUUUGCUGGGCUUGGUGAGGGACACAAGGAGGCCUGAAGGCUUGCGACCUCAGAGGCAUGUGAGCAGCUUCCUACCGUAUGCGGCCUAUCUUUUCUUCCUUUUAUUUUGGCAAACUUUGCGGACAGCAGCCAGGAGACCCGUCGUUGUCUUUCAUGAUAGGCUGUGCAUUGCGCAGCAUGAUCGUGCUCUGAAACAGAAGGGUAUUCUGGGACUGUCAGCAUUUUUAGAUCGAUCAGAACAUAUGAUCAUUUUGUGGUCGCAUCGCUAUUUUACGCGCAUGUGGUGCUGUUAUGAGCUUGCCACUUAUCUCCGGCACCCAGAAGCUGUCAGACCUUUGACGUUGUUUGCAGUCGACAUGUCCGUCGUGAUACUCUUGCUGAAGGUCGUCGGAGUUCUAUUGAUUGUUCAAGCCCAGAUGAGGAAUUUGUUGCUGGGAGACGAUUUGCAGCUCCGUGUGCUCUUUGGUACACAGGCAAUCAUUGGCUUUAGCUUUUUCAGUUCCGUGGCGGUCUACUGGACCGUAGGGGUUUCCAAAGAUCUGACGGACCUGGAGCCGCAGCUCUCGGAGUUUCGGGUCCAGUUCGCUGAGACCUUCUGCUGCACCUCGCAGCACAUGGGGCCAUCCGGACAGGUGUUAGCCUGUGACCGGCAGCUGAUCUUUGAAGCCAUCAGGGACUGGUACGGCGCCGGCGAGACUGAGGAACAGCUGGAAGACUUCAACCGCACCGUGCGCGCGACGCUCAAGAGGAGGGCGCUGGAAGGGGCCCAGACGGCGACGGUGCCACUGAGCAUCAUGCUGUACAGCGCGUUGUGCACUGUGGCACCAUUGGUCUGUGAUGGCGUGACCCAUAUCAAAGCCAUCUGGCACUGGAGAUCUGAUGUGGGACCCUGGUUGGCGUUGUGGAGGUCUUUGGCAGUCUUGUCUUGGCUGGCGAGUUAUGCCUACACUGGCGUGCUUUGGUACCACGUGUUUGUGAAGGUGUGCCAGGUGCUGUAUCCCUAUUUGGAGAAGAUGACACGGUGGAAGCAGACCCUGCUGCCGUGGUGUGCCAACACAGGUCUCGGGCUCAUGAUGCUGGGGAUUUUUGUUUGGCCCUACGAAGUGUUGGAUCAAGCCGGCCAUGGAGAUUUCUGGCCCUUGCUGGCAGCAAUCUUGCCUUUGGCGGCUGGAAGGAUCGCUCGGCUACGAGGCGCAGAGGAGCAGGCGGGAGCAGGAUGGUCUUGCGAGAGCCAUGCAACGGUGGCCGGCCUUGUGCUGAGAGCUUCUCACGCCAGGAACCGAAGCUUGUUCCAUCCCGAUUUCGCCUCCCUGGAGAUGAGAAACUGGACCAAGGCGCUAGAGAUGCAGCUGCCGGGGUCUCUCAUCACCUUUGCUGCUUGCUUUGCAGUCAUGAAGCAUCACCUUGUGGUGCGAUGGGCAAAGAAAAGGAUGUCAGACACUGCAGCGGAGUGGGGCCCAGAUGGAGGUUUCUUGGCACUGGUGCUACACUUCUGGCGUCGCUGUCCACCGGAGACGCAUGAGGUGGACUGCGAACCCACAGACACCGGGGAUUUCCACUGCUUGACGUGCAAUAGCUCUGGCUACGUGGAAAGCGAUGCAGGCGCUUCACCUCAUCCUGCAGCCCACCCCGCGGCCUCCAACGGGCACGCCCGGGGCGCGGGCGAUGCCGGCCUCCCUCCCAUGCUGCGGAAUGGCGAGGCCAUGGCCUCAGCCUUCAGACACUUUCUUCAAGGUGUGGCAGGCGGUUUGCAAGAACCCGGGCCUGGACUCGAUGGCAUACAGAGGACUGUUGUGAGCGCCGUGAACAAUGGCGUGCAGCGGGUCAUUCACAAUACACAGGGGCUCAGUGAAGAGGAUCGAAUGUGGAUCCAACAGCAGGGAAACCAGAUGACGAUCAUUGCAUCAGGCGGCAUCAACAUUUUGAGGCAUGCAGGGCCUCUGGCAGUCUUUUUGGAACAACACCUUGGUCGAAAUUGGCAACAGCAGCAAUCUGGUCUGGAUGAAGGGACAAUCUCCAGGUGGUUAGAUGAGCGGCAGAUUCCCAUAGACAGCGUUUUGCCCAACAGUGGAUGCCCAUUGGGCCUGAAGCCCAAUGAGACCUGGAGCUGCAGCAUUUGCCUUACAGGGUGUACAGAGGAUGCCCCUGGGAAUGGAGGGAGCGAAUCUGCGCAGACAGAUCAAGAGAUUUGUUUGUUGUGCGACAGCGACGGCCAUACGUGGCACGUCUUCCACAAGAGUUGCGCCAAAGAAUGGUUGCAGCGAAGCGCUACUUGCCCCUUGUGCCGCCGGAAUUUGCACAUCACGUAG